AUGGGAGAAAGUUCACCUGAUCUGAGUCUUCGGCUUCGCCGCGGAAGCUCCGAUUCACGUGACUCUUUUUAUAUGGAUUUUGCACAGGGUAUAGACUCAGAUAUUGAAGAAGUAACAAGACCUAGAGAAAAUCACAUCGAUGAAAACCACCUGGGGGAAGAAGAAAUAGAAGAAAAUUUUCCGCCAUUGGACGAUAUUUGCACGACGAUACCUGAGGAAGCCUCUGAAGAAUUGCGAGAAGAAGAGGAGGAAGAAGCAGCUGCCGCGGCGGCAGCAGCAGCCGCCCUGGAGGCCGCUAGGGAAACUUCCGACUCGUCAGUAAUUUCCGGCAAUGGGAAAAUGCAAAAACGAGCCCAAAACCAAAACGAUUGGCCGGGACUUCCGGCGGCAUUACCAUCGCCAGCAUCGCCCUCAGCAGUAAUAGUAUCACCGGAAACACUAUCAAGAAACAGCAGUACUUCACCGUCCCGUACACAUACAGUCGGACAAUUUGCAUUGGCCCUGCCCUGCCCUCCGCGGCCAAUCCCGGCUGUCUGCUAUCCGGCCCCGACCUUCAUCGAGGUCGCCGAUGAUGCUAACAACAAGCACCUAGGAGCAUAUGCAUUAGCAACAACCCUAAGUGCGCUCUACGGGAAACUGCUGGUGGUAAUGGGAAUUGCAUUUCCUAUGUCCGAAGUGAUAUCAUCGUACAUACCGCCUUCGUUUUACGAGGCAUUCUACCUCUACCUGUAUUUCGGCAGCAUGCUUUUUCUACUUUGUAUGCAUUCACUUAUGCUGAUCGACGGUAAACCAAAGCAAAGUAAUUAUCAAAUUGUUUUAUUCUACUCACUUAUUGAAAGAUGA